CCACCACCCCGGCGCAAAGGCGAGCAAAAGCCGGCCGAGCAGAGGCAGCUAACGCAAGAAAGCGUCGUGCCGUGCGUGCCCAGAGCGCGAACCACCGGGGAGCAGAGAGAGAGAGGCGGCAGGGUUGAUGGCGGAGGUGGAGAGGAAGGCCCCGCGGAGGGAGGAGGAGCUGGUGGAGGCGGCGCUGGCGGCGGCCGCGGCCGCGCUGUUCGUGUCCGGGGUCAAGAGCCUGGCGCCGGCCGUGCUCGUCGACCGCUGGUGGUGGCCCCUGCCCGCGCAGGUGCUCGCCGCGGCGCCGUCGCCCGUCCUGUUCCUCCUCCUCAACGUCCUCGUCGCCUGCAUCGUCGUCGUCUCCGUGCAGCCGGCCAAGCGACCAGCCGCGGCGGCGGCGACGGGCGCCGUCGCCGCGGAGGUGGCGCCGCCGGGAGACGGUGCGGCGAAGAAGCUGAAGAAGAGGCGGAGCAGCAAGAGGCGCGGGGACGGCGCCGAACCGGCGGCUCUCGCGCCGCCCUACGUCGCCGCCGACCGCUGCAUGGCGCUGGUGGUUGACCGAGGUGUCGUGAUGGCGCCGACGGGCGGAGAGGAAGAAGAGGAAGGAGCCGCCGGCGACGCGGCGGAGGUGGACAGGCGCGCGGAGGAGUUCAUCUCGGCGUUCCGGCACCGCCUCAGGGUCGACUCCUUCUCGUCUCGCCGCGGGGAAGCCGGCGACGCGGCGGCGCGAGCCAUCAGCGGCACUGCGCCGUGCUUUUGACCCGAGCCUGCAUGCACCUCGCGCGCUCGCGGACCCUGUUUUGUUCAAAUCGCAGUCAGUUUUUUUCGCUUUCUUGAUCUGUAGCUACUACUGGUACUUUGACAUCAACUGGUUGGAUGAAUCUUCAAGCAUGCUUGCUUGGUCGUGUGAAGAAAUACGAAUUAAUUGCAUGUUG